CUCAAUUUACCUUCGGUAUUUAACCGAAGAAUCGACAUGGGGAAAAGGCAAAUAUUGACUUGGUCCGCUAACCGAUGUGAAAAAAGUUUCAGUGUCUUCUUCAACAAGCGCAAGUCUCCACCACUGCUACGCGAUUAUUGAAACAAAUCGUUCGGGGUCAAAGUUGCCACGAUUAACGACAUAAACAACGUUCAAUUUAUCAGUGUGCCUUUGCCAGAGCUCUAAUUUAAAUGAGUCUAUAGUUAAGAACGUUUGAGAAAUGUUGCGAUCGACAGGUGCCAGUGUUUUGAGGAAAAAAACCAGGGGUGUUUUGGGAAACAGUUUGAGAAAUUACAGUAGUGACAAGAAUCUGCCCAAACAAGCUGAUGUAGUUAUUAUAGGGGGCGGAGUGAUAGGAUGCAGUACCUUGUACCAUUUAUCCAAGAGAGGCGUAAACGCCGUUCUACUGGAAAAAAAUAAAUUGACCAGUGGUACCACAUGGCAUACGGGCGCCUUGGUAUGGUCUCUAAGACCCAACGAUACAGACAUUCAAAUUUUACAGUCUACAAGAACCCUACUGAAAAAUUUAGAAAAAGAGACAGGAGUUGACCCUGGUUGGUACCAAAAUGGCGGAAUAUACAUUGCUAGAACAGACCAAAGGCUUGAAGAGUAUAAAAGACUCCACACCCUGGGUCACUUCUUUAACAUCGAAAGUAGAAUUAUUUCACCCGCUGAGGCCCAAAAAUUAGCCCCCAUUUUGAACCCCAAGGCUUUCGUUGGAGCCCUGUACACCCCUACAGAUGGAUUUACAGACCCUACGAUGUACUGCUCCGCUUUGGCCAAAGGGGCUAAGAACAACAAAGCAACGAUCAUCGAGGAAUGCCCAGUAACCAACAUCCUCGUUGAAAAUUCCCCGGACAGUAAAAAAAUCACAGGUGUGGAAACAGCAAUGGGCACCAUCAAGACCAACGUCGUGGUGAAUGCUGCUGGAGUUUGGAGUAGACAAAUUGGGGACAUGUGUGGUGUCCACCUACCCCUAACUCCAAUGAAGCAUGCCUAUAUCCUCACCAAUUCGAUUGCAGAAGCUAAAGGAAGCCCAUGCAUAAGAGACCACGACGGUUCAAUUUAUAUUAGACCUCAGGGAGAUUCCAUCAUGUUGGGUGGUUACGAAACUAACCCAGAAAUUAUUAAAGAUGUGCCAACAGACUUCCAGUUCAGUUUGUUUGAGCUUGACAGGAGCAUCUUCGAUUCUCAUUGGAAAAACGCUGUUGAGUUGUGCCCAUCUUUCGAAACAGCUGGUAUAAAAUCCGAUGUAUGUGGACCCGAAUCUUUCACCCCAGACCACAAACCCUUGAUGGGUGAAGACCCAAAAUGCUUUGGUUUAUACCACAACUGUGGCUUCAACUCAUUGGGAAUGAUGUUCAGUGGCGGCGCGGGCGAGCAAAUGGCGGAAUGGAUUGUGAAGGGUAGACCGAAUCUACCAAUGCACCAAUACGACAUCCGUAGAUUCACUCCGGUGCAACGGGAAGACAGGGCUUGGGUCAUUGAAACCAGCCACGAAUCAUACGCCAAGACUUACAGUAUUGUUUACCCCAACGAUCAACCUUUGGCCGGCAGAAAUCACAGAAUCGAUGCCUUCCACGAGGUUUUGGUAGCCGCUGGCGCUGUAAUGGAACAGGCGGCUGGCUGGGAAAGACCAGGAUACUUCGUGAAAGAUCGCACUGUGCCUAUAAGAGGUUAUGAUUGGUAUGGAAACUACGAUCACAUCGAUAAUAAGGAUAAAAGAUACGAAAGAGAGCUGGAAGGCGAUCUGACUUUUGACUUCUCCAAGCAUCACGAUCUAAUUAAAGAGGAAUGUUUGGCAGCAAGAAACAAUGUAGCCCUAUUUGAUUUGUCUUGUUAUACCAAGAUGUACCUCACUGGUAGAGACGCUGAAGAGGCUGCAGACUGGCUGUUCACCAAUGAAUUGGACACAGAACCCGGUAAAGUGGUGUAUACGUGCUCUCUUAACUCCAAGGGAGGGGUGGAAGCUGACGUAACGGUCACUCCCUUGCAGGAAGGUGGAGGAACCCUGGUUGGACCCGUAUUAAAGGGUAAAGGUUAUUACAUAGUCGCUGGUAGUGCAUCUGGUUUCCACACGAUAUCUCACUUUAGAAAGGAGAUUGCCAAAAAGAAUCUUAAGGCUGUUAUCUCGGAAAUUACAGAGAGAUUGGGAAUAUUAUCUGUACAAGGGCCUAAAAGUGGUGAGCUUCUUCAGUCCAUCACAGAGUUCCCAAUCACAGAUGAAAAAAUUCCUUAUGGUACAUCAGUUAUCAUUGACAUAGCUGGCCAUAAAUGCAGAGCGAUGAGGGUCUCCUACAUUGGAGAGUUAGGUUAUGAAAUUCACAUACCGCUCGCAUCUUGUGUAGCUGUGUAUAACAAAAUAAUGGACGCUGGUCGCGGUUUCGAUAUGAAACAUGCCGGUUUUAGAGCGUUAGAAUCUUUGAGUACGGAAAAAGGUUAUCACUUGCUUUUCCACGAUCUGAAAAUGAACGACAACCCCAUGGAAGCGAAUCUUAUUCACGUUUGUAGAAAGGAGGGUUCAUACCUUGGCAAACAACACGUGGAAAAAAUGAAGCAAGAAGGUGUUAAGAAACGUAGAAGUUUCUUCACCUUGGACGCCAAUGUGCCUUUGUAUGGUAUCGAAACCAUCUGGAGGGAUGAUGAAAUUGUAGGUUAUAUACGUAGGGCCGAGUAUGGGUUCAGUUUGGAUUGCAGUAUAGGAAUUGGAUAUGUGGAACAUCCUAAAAACCAAGUUCUAACCAAAGAAUUCCUACGCAGUGGUAAAUACUCCAUCGAGGUUAGAAACAAAAAAUACCCCGCCACUUUCCACAUGAAGAGCCCAUUCGACCCUAAGAAUUUAAGGGUAAAGGGUAAAUACGAGAACGCUUUUGAGGAACAACAACAUUUUGAAGACUGAUUACAACAAUUACAUUUGUAAAUAUUAAUUUAAUUUUUUUGUUUUACGUUUUUUAUACUUAAUUUUGUAUAGUUAUGUUGUGUGUAGAUUUAAAAUACAUUUUUACCAAACA